UUAGUCGAAGAUUUUAGGCGAUUUUAGCUACAGAAAAAGUGGUUUAUGCACGACUAGUCAUGAGCGGGGAGAUGGGUUCGUCGCCGGUUGAUGAAGUGAUGACCGAUGUCAAUCGAGCUGGAUGUCGAGUUCCGAGGCUUUUCAUCAAAGAGAUGGUGAUGAGAAAUUUCAAAUCCUAUGCUGGCGAACAGCGCGUUGGCCCCUUUCACAAGAGUUUCACGGCAGUGGUCGGUCCCAAUGGAAGUGGGAAGAGCAACGUCAUCGAUGCCAUGUUGUUUGUUUUCGGAAAGAGAGCUAAACAAAUGCGGCUUAAUAAAGUAUCAGAGCUCAUUCACAAUUCAUCCAAUCACCAGAAUUUGGAGAGUGCUGGUGUAUCUGUUCACUUUCAGGAAAUUGUUGAUUUGGAUGAUGGAACAUUUGAAGCAGUACCCGGAAGUGAUUUUAUGAUUACCCGUGUUGCUUUUAGAGACAAUUCUUCCAAAUACUACAUCAACGAUAGACUAAGCAAUUUUACUGAGGUCACAAAAAAAUUGAGAGGGAAAGGAGUUGACUUGGAUAACAAUCGUUUUCUUAUUCUUCAGGGGGAGGUUGAGCAGAUAUCAUUGAUGAAGCCAAAAGCACAAGGAACACAUGAUGAAGGCUUUCUUGAAUAUCUGGAGGAUAUCAUUGGAACCAACAAAUAUGUUGAAAAGAUUGAUGAAUCGUUUAAGCAGCUCGAAUCCCUCAAUGAGAGCAGAACUGGGGUUGUUCAAAUGGUGAAGCUUGCGGAAAAAGAAAGAGAUAGCCUGGAGGGGGUAAAGGAUGAAGCCGAAGCCUACAUGCUCAAAGAAUUAUCCCUGCUAAAAUGGAAAGAGAAAGCAACAAAGUUAGCUUUUGAAGAUAAUUCAGCUAAAAUUGUGGAGAUACAGGCAAACAUUUCUACCACAGAAGAGAAUCUUAAAAGUGAAAGGGAGAAGAUUAGAGAAAGCAGCAAAACAUUGAAGGAACUUGAGGCCCUUCAUUUGAAGUAUAUGAAAAGACACGAGGAGCUUGGUAAUAAUAUGGCAUCUUGCAAGGAUGAGUUCAAGGAAUUUGAAAGGCAAGAUGUGAAGUAUCGUGAGGAUUUGAAGCAUUUGAAAGAGAAGAUGAAAAAGCUUGAUGUUAAAUUAGAAAAGGAUUCAGCAAAAAUUGAUGAUAUCACCAAACAGUGUGAGGAGUCAACUAAUUUGAUUCCACGGCUGGAGGAAGAUAUUCCGGAGCUGCAAAAGCUUUUAGUAGACGAGGAAAGAAUCCUAGAGGAAAUUAAAGAGGCCUCUAAAGUUGAAACGGAGGCUCUCCGAAGUGAACUUGCUGAUGUACGAGCUGAAUUAGAACCAUGGGAGAAACAAUUGAUUGAACACAGAGGAAAAUUUGAAGUUGCGUCCACUGAAAUGAAACUUCUAGUUGAGAAGCACGAGUCUGGCCGUGUUGCUUAUGAGGAUGCUCAGAAGCAGAUGAUUGAAAUAGAAAAAAGAAUUCAGAAUAAAGUUGCAAGCAUAAAUAAUUUGAUGAGCGAGCUUGAAAGGAACAAGAUUGGAAAAUCAGAAGCCCAAAAAAUGGAAAAUGAACACGUCAUAGAAGAGCAAAAACUAAUUCCUCUUGAAAAAGACGCUAGAGCAAAGCUCACAGAGCUUGUAUCUGUUAUGGAGUCUGAGAAAAGUCAAGGAUCUGUUUUGAAAGCAUUACUGCAUGCCAAGGCGGAAAACAUCAUUCCAGGAAUAUAUGGUCGUAUGGGUGAUUUAGGUGCUAUUGAUGAGAAGUAUGACAUUGCAAUAUCAACAGCAUGUGCUGGACUCGAUUACAUUGUAGUGGAGACAACUACAGCAGCACAGUCAUGCGUCGAGCUAUUACGCAAUAAAAACCUCGGUGUUGCAACUUUUAUGAUUUUGGAGAAACAGGGUCAUCAUUUAUAUAAAAUGAAUCAGAAAGCAGCUACACCUGAAGGAGUUCCACGGCUGUUUGAUUUAGUUAAGGUUCAAGAUGAGAGAUUGAAGCUGGCUUUUUUUGCUGCAUUAGGGAAUACAGUUGUUGCUAAAGAUAUUGAUCAGGCAACCCGAAUCGCAUACGGAGGAAACAGAGAAUUCAGGCGUGUUGUAACACUUGAUGGUGCUCUUUUUGAAAGAGCUGGAACUAUGAGUGGUGGAGGAAGUAAGCCACGUGGUGGUAAGAUGGGAUCAUCAAUCCGACCUGCCAGUGUUUCUGGAGAAGCUAUUUCUUAUGCUGAAGAUGAGCUUUCAAAAUUAAGUGCAAGCUUGAGGAAUGCUAGGCAAAAAAUUUCUGAAGCACUGGCACGUUACCGAUCCUUGGAUGGAGCAACAUCAAACCUGGAGAUGGAAUUAGCCAAAAGCCAGAAGGAGGUUGACAGCUUGAAAUCACAUCAUAGCGAUUUAAAAAAGCAAAUGGAUUCUUUAAAGAAAGCAUCAAAUCCAAGCCAGGUUGAAGUUGAUAGACUGGAGGAGCUUGAGAGCAUCACAUCAGGAGAAGAAAAAGAAAUAGAAAAGCUCACACAAGGAUCAAAGCAACUGAAAGACAAGGCUUCCGAACUUCAGAAAAGAAUAGAGAAUGCUGGUGGUAUACAGCUUAAAAACCAGAAGGAAAAGGUUAACAAAAUUCAGCUGGAUAUUGACAAUAAAAGAACAGAGAUCAAUCGCUGCAAAGUUCAAAUUGAAACAGGUCAGAAAUUGUUAAAAAAGCUUGUAAAGGGGAUAGAGGAGUCUAAGAAAGAGAAGGAGAAAAUGACAGAAAAGAGAGAAAAUUUGUUAUCUAUGUUCAAAGAGAUCGAGCAGAAGGCUUUUACAGUUCAGGAAAACUAUAAAAAAAUACAGGAGCUCACCAAUCAGCACAAAGAUGUUCUGGAUAAAGCAAAAUCAGAUUAUGAAAAGCUUAAGAAGACCAUGGAUGAGUUACGGGCAUCAGAGGUGGAUGCUGACUACAAGCUGCAAGAUAUGAAAAAAGUGUACAAAGAGUUGGAACACAAGGGAAAAGCUUAUGAGAAAAAGCUUGCUGAAUUGGAAGUAUCACUUUCAAAGCAUAUGGAGCAAAUUCGGCUUGAAAUGGUGGACCUGGAAAAGCUUCAAGCAACCCUGACUGAUGAAACUCUUUCAGGGAGUUGUGACCUUAAAAGAGCUCUUGAGACUGUUUCCCUUCUUGAAGCCCAAUUGCAAGAGAUGAACCCCAAUCUCGAUUCAAUUUCAGAGUAUAAGAAGAAAGUAUCUCUGUACAAUGGAAGAGUAGAAGAACUUAAUGCUGUGACCAAAGAGCGCGAUGAUAUAAAAAGACAAUAUGAUGAAUGGAGAAAAAGAAGAUAUGAUGAAUUUAUGGCAGGCUUUAAUACAAUAUCUUUGAAGCUCAAAGAGAUGUACCAGAUGAUCACCCUUGGAGGUGACGCAGAGCUCGAGUUAGUGGAUUCUCUAGAUCCAUUCUCUGAAGGUGUUGUUUUCAGCGUUAGACCGCCCAAGAAGAGCUGGAAAAAUAUUGCGAAUUUGUCUGGUGGUGAAAAGACACUCAGCUCAUUAGCUCUGGUGUUUGCCCUUCACCACUUCAAGCCCACUCCUCUGUAUGUGAUGGAUGAGAUUGAUGCUGCUUUGGAUUUCAAAAAUGUCUCUAUUGUGGGACACUACGUGAAAGACCGCACCAAGGAUGCACAGUUCAUCAUCAUAAGCCUUAGAAACAACAUGUUUGAAUUGGCUGAUCGACUUGUGGGCAUAUACAAGACUGACAAUUGCACAAAGAGUAUUACUAUAAACCCAGGAAGCUUUGUUGUUAGUCAGGUAGCUCCUUUGAAGCAGUGACACUUGAAGAUAGGUGUAGUAGGAAGCCUGUAAAUUAUGUAUGUUUUGUUGUUGAUUGUUUGGCAUUGUAUUAUUUAUUAUAAAUACUAUUGUUAUUAUUAUCAUCAUUCUCAUUAUUAUUAUUUGGGAAAAGGUGCAAAUAGGCCCAUGUACUAACCAAAAAAGUCAAAUAAACCCUUAUUUAGGAGGCUCUUUCCGGCCGUCGUCAUUUGGGGUGGUUCCUGGUGGA